AAGGGGAAAAAAAAAGACUCAUAAAGCUUGUCCUGAGGAUUAGAAUAUGCGUGUAUAAGUAGUCAUUGACCUCCUGAUCUCCGUCAUGUAAUUGACGUCCUCUCGCCUCUCUGCCACUCUUCAUCGUGAUCGUCUUCCUCCAAAACCUCACUUCCCUCUCAUCUGCUCCUCAAAAUGGUCCACAUCCCAUCCACAGCCGCAGGCCUCGUCGCCCUCGCCGUCACGACAGUCGCCUCGGCAACCGCACCGAAGCUCAACACCUGGCCUCAGCAUAACUACGGCGGCUGGUACAACCACACCGACGGCGACGUCACCACCUACGGCGCUCCCGAAUUCACCGAUGCCGGCCCGCUGUCCAUCCACGAGGCCAGGUUCUCCUUCCUCUUCAACCGCGUCGACCCGGCCUACGCCGGCCUCUACGUCCUGUCCUCGGGCGAGGACUUCAUCACCGACUACGAGGUCGUCGGCUACGGCUGGGACAGACCCUCCGUCACCGGCAAGGUGUGCGGCGCCAAGGGCAACUUCACCUUUGUGCAGCUGUUCGGCCCCGACGGCCUGCCCAACACAAAGAGCACCACCGACACCAUGUUCAUCGACGUCAGCGCUGCCAGGAAUAAUGCGUCGCGGGCCGUCAUCAACGAGGUCUGGCCCGUCUGGGUUGGAGACGACAUCUUUUACCCGAACAACACUUCUCCUUGCGCGGCUCCUGCCGCCAAGACUAAGAGGUGGUCUGCUUGAAAACUGAACUGUUCGUUGCCGGAACUCGAGGGGGUUAUUGGGGGUCCAAUCAGAAAAGAGGCUAGGAAAUUGUUGAGGAAGACAAGUCAGGCAAGAGAUGGUGGCCAGAAAAUAAGAGACGAGGACGGAUGUAGUCGAGAGGCUGUUCACGCCAUUAAGUUAUGUACAUGAGAGUAAUGAAUAUCUGAUCAAC